AUGUUAAAGGUUUUGGGAAUUGUCCUCUUCUGUAGCCUGCUGCCCCUAUCUCAGGGAGUGGUCCCUGGAGUCUUUUCUGUAGUCAGUCCAGAGGGAAUUCAAAAUGUUGUCUCAGGUGCAUUGCUUCAGGAUGGGCUUCUCCAAAAGCAUCUCCAGGCGAUACAGAUCCCCGACAUCGUGAGCGGAGGGGGCCUGCUCGGUUCACUCAUCAGCAUCACAGGACUAGAAGUUGUUAACGUCCAGCUGCCUACGGUGUCGGUGACGCUGCUGCCUGGAAUUGGGGGCCAGCUGACCAUCGCUACUAAACUGGAGAUCAAUGGCAACUUGUUGCUAUCUGGGCUGAUCCAUAUUUCAGUGGACGUGAACCUUAACGCAAAAGUCAGGGUGACCGACUAUUCAGCAGGUGUUUUCCAAGUUGUAAUUGAAGACUGCCAGUCCCUGCUUGGUCCCUUUGACAUCCGGCUCCUCUCAGGUUUGCUGCCAAUAUCAGUGAAUGGAUUAGUGUCUAGCACCCUUACGACAACUCUGCCUAGCCUGUUGUGUCCAGUAGUCAACAACAUCGUCACGCUCUUGAAAGUGCAGCUGCUGGGCACCGUGAAUGCGCUGGUCCCACUUGGUGCCGUAGGAAAGAUCCAGUAUCAGUUAGCCAGCCUUCCACUGAUAACUGACCUGCAUGUCGGACUGGAUUUAAAUUCUGUGAUCCAUCAGGUGGGAGGAGGCAACAUCUCCCUCCCUGUCAGCGCCGUCCCCGUGGCCCUGCCUGCCCUGCAGGGCAAUGUUCUGAACCUGGGGCUGAGCCAGGCUUUCCUCAACGCCGCACUGUCCCUCCUCGUCCAGAUCCAGCCACAGACAUUUAUUUCUACAUUGGACGUGUUCUCUGGUGCCACCCAGCUGAUGGACGCCAUUGUGGCUCUGAUUCCUGCUGGGUGUCCCAACUGCUCUGUGGUAUCUCCUCUGAACAUUAAAAUAACAACGCUUGGGCCCCCACUCAUCGCUCUGGAAGCAAACAAAGCCACUGUCAAGCUCUCUGUCAAGAUUCAGGUGUUCACGAAAUAUUCGGAUGGAACCAUCCAGACUCUCCUUGCCCUGAAGGCUGACCUUGUUUUAAAUGCCCAGGCCUCUGUUGCUGGAGACAAGCUGCUGCUCAGCGUAUCCCUGACCAGUGCGGCUCUAGUCUUGGAAUCUUCAGACGUCGGCAUCGUUAGCGUCUCUGGUCUCGGGACGUUGAUCAAUAAACUUUUGGUGGAAACUUUUGUGCCGCUCAUCAAUGAGGCUCUGGCUGUCGGACUCCCACUGCCAAACAUGCUGGGCAUUAAGCUGAUUAACGCUGUUCAGAUUGUGGAGGGCCUGGUUGUGGUGCGUGUGUGA